AUGCCGCGCCACAACGUCGCGCUGCACCUCCCUGCGCCUCUGCCCGCGCCGCCCAUCGACCCCCGCCCGUCCCCAUCGCCCCUACAACAGGUCGUCCAGUCCACCCUUCAAACCACCGAUUACGACCUCGUCUCUCUUCCCCUCUCCAACCAGAAAUGGCAAGACCGCUGGGAGAAACUGUGUCUGCAUCCCGUCUUUGAUGAGGACGCCAUCUCGCCGGCCGAACUCGACAAGCUAGAGCAGGAGAGGCGCGUCGUCGACCGUGAGGCGGACUUGUGGAGGCGGGAUGGGGGUCUCAAAAGAGAAGAAGUGAACAUUUCGCGUAUUGAAGAAGUGGGAGGUGUUGGAAGUGAAGGGAGAGUGCUCGCGGUGGCGAGUGAGUGGCUGGAAAUGGACAGUGCGGAUGAAGGGAUCAGGUUCGAUUCUGAAUUGGCACUUAAAGCAGAGUAUGCCCAAGCUCUGUACCUCUCUCUCCCUACCCUCAUCAUCCCCGCCCCUUCGCCUUUGAACCGCGCCCAUCUCCCGUCUUAUGCCCGAGCUAUUAUGGGAUUACUGCAGAUGGGCGGUGACAAGGCCGUCACAGAAAUUUCUGUCAGAAUCCCCGUCACUGACCCCAUGGAGCUCAUCAAGGACGUCCAAACCGGCGGUGCAAUCUCUCCUAUCCCGUUCAACCAGCCCCCUCCCGUACAGGCUCAGACGGACAAGAAGCACAAGCGGUUGAGCUCUCUGUCUACUCGUCCGCAGUCGAUGCAGGCCCAGAUGGCACUGUUUGCCAACAAUACCAACCAAGCUCCCAUGCCUGCCCCGAAUGCGGCUGCUGCGAGUCAGAGGAUCACUUCUGGGGCGAGCUCAAUGAUGUCAGCACCGCUCUCAGUGGCCGGUGCAGCGCUGCAGGCGCCCCCAACGAGGACGGGCACGACGCAGGUAGAGGAGAUGAGCUCAACUUGGGAGAUGUGGGACUGUAUUAGGACAAUCUGCGGGUACCACCCUCGACUGAGUGUCACUUUGGAUCUGACCAACCCUCUUCCUCCGAGCGUUGGCGCGCUUGCCCGAUGGAUCGCCGAGCCAGUUAGACAUGUUUGGCUGCCCGCUACGAGCUUCAUACCCAACGCCAAAGGCUACCCUGUCUUGAGCAAGGCCACCCAGGCUUUCAUCCGCGGUAUGAGCAAGAAAAACCCCACAUACAUCCUUUCACAGACCACCGCCAAACGUCAUCCUGCAGGCGGUCCCCAUGCGUAUCUUCAAUAUGUACGCCAUAUCACCAACACCCCUCCAGCCCACACCACCCCCCAGUCGACGUCAACUCCCGGCCAUCCCUCUGCCCACAUGGCAUUCCCUUCCAAUGGGGUCGCGGACCUGUACGCGGAUUACACGGAUUACUUGCAAGCCCCGUUGAGACCUUUGGAAGACGAUCUGGCUAGUGAGACGUAUGCUGGGUUUGAGAAGGAUACGGUCAAGUAUGAGAGGUAUGAGAGCGCUAUCACGCAGGCUUUGAUGGACCUGCCCGCCAACAAGAAGCACGUCAUCACGGUCGUGGGUGCAGGGCGAGGACCACUCGUGGACUGCGCUCUACGUGCCCUCCUUCACGCCAGCCGCCAAGCUACCAUCUACGCUGUCGAGAAGAACCCCAGCGCCUUCCUCACUCUCCAAGAACGCAAAGAGCUCGAAUGGAGAGACAAUGUCAACAUUGUCUUUAGCGAUAUGCGCAGCGUUGAUCUGAAAGAAGCGGGAAGCAGGGUGGGAGACGCGGUGGAGCUCUGUGACCUGUUGGUCUCAGAGUUGUUGGGCAGUUUCGGGGACAAUGAAGGGAGUCCAGAGUGUUUGGAUGGUGCUAUGAGAUUGCUGAAGCCUACUGGUAUAUCGAUACCAACCUCAUAUACCGCCCAUAUCGCCCCGAUCUCCACUACGAUCCUUCACCAGGCAACCCACGGCCAAUACACCAAACCCGGCACAUCCGAGACUCCUCACGUCGUGAUGAUGUCGCAGGUUAAUUUGAUAUCAGGCGACAACAACGUUCCCGGCGUAAGCUGGAGAUGUGGGGAGAGAGUACAGCAGUGUUGGCAAUUUGUGCAUCCCAGAAGGGACAUCGCUGUAGAUACCAAAGGAUUACCUCUGACCAACUCGCACAACACUCGCGCGAGUACCCAUACCUUCCACAUCCCCCACGCGUCUACACUACAUGGCCUCGCCGGAUAUUUCGAAGCCCAUCUUUAUGGAGACAUUGGCCUUUCCAUCCAUCCCGACAACGCUCACGUCGUCUCCCCCGACCUCUUCUCCUGGUUCCCCCUCUUCUUCCCACUCAAAGAGCCUUUAUAUCUCCCCAGUGGCAGCGAACUUGUGGUGAAUGUGUGGAGGAUGGGAGACGGGCGAGGGAAAAGGGUUUGGUAUGAGUGGAGUGUGGAGGGAUAUCUGCCUGUCGUACAAGCUGCUGUUUCAGCACCGGGGAGUGCGUCUCUCGGGGGUGGUCAAAGAGCUGCGAGCGGGGCGUCUGGUGUCAUGGGUGGUGGCCAACCGAGUCCAUUGAUGGACGCGCAGUUCUCUCCUGGUCUUGUUGGGAGAAGCACAGGAGGGGUUGGGGAGAUGGGCAGGGUCAAGAUCUCUCAGUCGAGCCUACACAAUGCUGGGGGUGUGCAUUCUUGGGUCAGUCUGUAG